AUGAAAAGGCUCGAUCAACAACUAUGGGGAUCCGAAGACGAAGAAGAUAUAGACGAAGAACAAAAUAAGAACGAGGUAAAGGUUGAUCCCCAUCAUGGAAAACAACAAGAACUACCUGAGCCCGAAGACUUUGCAAUGCCCGAUGAUUUAAACUUGGACGGCGAAGAAAAAGACGAUAAGGAUGGAGAAACUGAAACUGAAAAUCCGUUUGAAAUCGACGCGAUGAAAGAAGCUUUACAAGAAGAGCAGAAAGAAAAUGAUGAUGAAGAUAAAGAUAAAGGAAAUAAAAAUGGUCUGGAAGUGUCCAGUGAUGAAGAAGGUGAAGGAAACGAUGCUGAACAGGUAGACUUAUAG